AUGAAUUUGAUCGCCAUCAGUCUGUCGCUAGUCUAUUUGGUGUUAAAUAUCGUCACUGCAUUGAUAGUCUUGAAAAGCAAAACAGCAACCAUUUAUUUUUCACAGCUUUUCAUCCAACUCGCUAUUAAAAUUCCGUCGAAUAUUUGGAUUCUGUUUCUUGUUUACUCAUUUUAUUCAUAUCUCAGAGAUCGCCAAUUGUGGAAAGAGGGACGGGUCCCACCGAUGCAACAAAAUCAAUUAGAAGCAAACGCACCGAUGGUUCAAAGGGUU